UGACCUCUACUGUGGUGUUGAGCCUCUUCUUGACUCUGCCUAGUUUUAUAGAAUUAUUUGAAGCAUGCAUAUGAAAAAAUAAUUGCAACUGAUCACUUUUAAUGCAAAACAUCGGAAGAAGCAAUUGAAGAAAUCUUAUUUCAUCACCAAAAGAACCAGUGAAUGCAUCUUCCGUGGUGUGUGAAUACAGCUAAAACAAAACCUGUUUUGUUUGUGGCAAGAAAACCUUCCCUGCAGUAGUCUCCAGGUUCAUCAUAUUUGUGUGUAUACGGGUGGAGAACCUCAUAAGUGCCCUUAUUUUGACUAGAGAACAACCUGAAAAGAACAAACUUCACUUUAAAACGCCUAAGUGGGAACCUGCCGCAAGAAACAUGCCAACGCAGCCCCUUUUGGCAUAUAUGGAGGGACCGGAUGGUAUAGCCAGUACUGUUGGUGCCCAGAUGGAGAGUAAUGAUGCUUCAAUGCCAAUAAAAGGAACCAACACCAUUUCUUACAAAGGCUUGCAAGAAAAGUUCCUAAUGCAAGCUGAAGGAUGCAUGCCUUUGGAUUGCAUGUUUUGUGAUCAGACUUUUAAACACUCUGAAGAACUUGGUAAACAUGUCUUAACUCAGCAUAGGCCUACACUUUGUGAACCAGCAGUUCUGCGUGUGGAAGCAAAAUAUCUUAGCCAUCUUGAUAAAUGUCAAGUGAGAACAGACUGUCCUCCAUCAAACAGUGAGAAGGAUAAUGAAGAAUUUAGCUGUGAAGUUUGUGGACAAACGUUUGAUGAGGCUUUUGAUGUUGAGACCCAUAUGAAAAAACAUAAGGACUCUUUCACAUAUUGGUGUAAUGUAUGUGGCAGAAGAUUUAAAGAGCCUUGGUUUCUCAAAAAUCACAUGAGAACACACACUGGUAAACCUGGUUCGAGAAACAAGCUUCAGCAAGGUUCUGAGUGCCCAAUAACAAUAAAUGAGGUGGUGCAGGAGCAUGUAACUGAAAAUGUAAUAUCACCUUACAAAAUCUGCAUGGUUUGUGGUUUCUUAUUUCUCAACAAAGAGACUCUAAUUGAGCACAGUAAAGUGCACACCAAAGAAUCUGUGUCCAGUGGUGAUAUUCCACAAGUCCUUGAUGGAGCCAGUAAAGAUGAAAUGUAUUCACGAGAUCAGUUUCUGCAGUUUUUGGACUUAAGGCCGAAUUUGACUUCAGAAAACAGCAAAUUGCAAAAACCUGUGAAAUGGAUAGCUGAGCUAGAUCCAUUCAACACAUAUCAAGCAUGGCAGCUAGCCACCAAAGGGAAAGUUGCAGUUGGCCAUGGACAGAUUAAAGAACCAGGGCAAGAAGGAAGUACUGACAAUGAUGAUUCAUCUUCUGAUAAAGAAGAACCUGGUGAAAUUUGGAAUGCAAAUAAAAAUAACCAGGUUAGCCAGACAGAAACUACAGGGAAGUCAAAGGUAAAUAAAAGCAGUUAUACAGGAACUGGUAUCGUGUCUCAAGACAAAGUGAAACAUCCCAGUGGAGAAGUGCCUUCUAUGGAGGUGGAAUCUAAAUUGUCACAAAACAAAGAUAAACCAACGCACUGCUCAGUGUGCGGCAAAGCCUUUAGAACCUACCAUCAACUUGUCCUGCAUUCGAGAGUACAUAAAAAAGACAGGAGGAGUGAUGGAGAAACUUCAGCCACCUCUAGAACAUGCUGUACAGACGUGAUUGUAACCUUGGAUGAAAAUGGAGCAGUAGAGCGAACAGAGGGAGGCUCUGAAGACGGCUCUGAAGAUGGACUUACAGAGGCCCUUCAUUUAGAUAAGAAUGAAGAUGUCUUGGAAAGAACAAAAGUUAAAAACCUUGGAGCCUCCAGAGAAUGCAGCUAUUGUGGAAAAUAUUUCCGCUCAAAUUAUUACCUCAAUAUUCAUCUCCGAACUCAUACAGGUGAGAAACCAUACAAAUGUGAAUUUUGUGAGUAUGCAGCAGCCCAGAAAACUUCAUUAAGGUAUCAUUUAGAGAGGCAUCACAAGGACAAGCAGGCUGAUAUUGCAACAGAUGUGAAAAAUGAUAGCAAAGUUUCGUUACAAAGUCAGGAGACAGAUCUUUUGCUGGCUGCUGAUGGUGCUCAAGAAACCAAAAAUUUGAAAAGGUGUAUCGAUGGUGCCAAAGAUGCUGAAGGCUGCCCAUCUGUAAAGCAACACAAAGGGAUCGCUUCCUUUCAGAGUGUACUGGGCAGUACAGUCUGUUUGACCAUGAAAAAUGAUACUCAGGAAUCAAACAAAGGUGCAAAUUGUAAUAGCUCAAAUCAAAUGAAUGAGAAUGCAUCCAGUCCUUCUCUGGAAAAGAUAAAAGCAGAGAACAAAGCAGUGGAGUCCCAGACACGUGAUCUUUAUAAAAGAGGGAAAGAGACUCCUGAGGCAUCAGAAGAUGAUGUCCAGUACGUUCGUGCUUUAAAGAAUGGAAAUAACAUGGAUGAAAUACAAGGAAACACAGAAAACUGCAAAUAUAAACAUACAGUGGACUCUCAAGAAAAGCCAUUAAAUUUAUCUCUUGGGACUUCACAAGAAUGUUCAGUGAUCUCAACUAGAGGCUUGUUAGCAACCAGCACCUGUCCAUUUUGUACUUACCGAACUUUUUAUCCAGAGGUCUUAAUGAUGCACCAGAGGCUGAUGCACAAGUACAAUCCUGAUGCUGUUAACAAAAAUGGUUACAGAAAUAAGGCUGUGGCCAGAGCCAGACGUACUGGGUGCCCUCCAGCCCUUCUUGGUAAAGAUGUGCUUCCCCUGUCAUUUAAUUCUAGUAAAAGGAAGGCUUCCCUGUCUACUCAGCCAAAAUUAUUGCAAACAGGAAAGGCUAAACAGUGUCCCUGUCUACAGAGCAAAGUCCCUGUGUUUCCAUCAACUGACUCCAGCAGUUCUGCUCCAAGUAACUUGAAGGCUUAUAAACCACAGAAUAAUAUUGGAGCUCAGGCGAGUAGCUAUAGACCACCACAGCAGGAAAUGCACUCAAAUCCUAGUAUCUCUUCUGCAGUGGACAGGAUGAAAAGGCCUGAAUUGAGAGUAAAAGCUCCAAGUAUCUCAGCCUCUCAACCUGUAAGCAGCAGUGUCAGUGGCUCACUUGACUGUCCCCUUAGCGAAUCUGCCUGGCCCAGUCAUCGAGGAAGGGAUUAUCUCUGUAAUAGAUCAGCAGGUAACAUAAACUUAGAAUAUGGAGAGCCAUCUUCUAAAAGAGCAAAACCUAAUCUGUUAAGUACUGAACACAUUGAUUCUGCAGUGGCCAAUUACAGAAGAUAUGGAAUGAACCGAUUUCGUGUUGCAAACAGAUAUGCAAAUAUGUUACCUCAGGAAUGCUCUCACACCAAACCUGCAUCCCCUGUUUUGCCAACCAAACAAGGGCUUCUGAACUCAGAUGAAGUUGAGUCUCCUAAUGUACUGACUGUUCUAAAACCCUAUGAGCCAUAUAGUCCUGCAUCACUUUACAGUUUUUGUGGACCUAGCAAUGGCCAAGCAACUAGCUCUUCAAUAGAAGGAAGAAGGCCAGUAGCGUACCAGCACCUAUCAAACAGCAUGCUACAGAAACGAAAUUAUGAGAGUCUUAUUGGCAAUGCACACUUCCGACCAAAUGACAAGAAAACUUGAUUGUUUACUUUGUGAGAAGGUCUGAGGACUCAAAUACAUAUUCUGUGGAGUUAUAAUUUGCAGUUCAUCCCUUGAGAAAAAUGAAUGGUGAAAGCUACUGAACUAAGCUGUGAUUGUACUGUAUAUAAAAACACUACAGUUUUAUAAUAUUGGUUCUGUUAACAUUUGUACCAAAUAGCCAUAAAAAUUGUAGUCUGAACAAUUGGAUUAUGAAGUGUGGAGAAUGUAUAUUUCAACGUUAACCUUGAGUAAUAUUUUUCUUUAGAAUUAAUUGACCAAAUAUUAGGUAGGAAUUUAUAUUUUUACAUACUUGAGCUGCUGAAAAGAGAUCCUCUUUGAAAAAUAUAUAAUCCUUGCACCUCAGGUAAAGUUUGUAAAUACCCAAGUUGAAAUCCUGUUGGUUUAAAUACUGCUCCUUUUUUUCCCCCCCCCUAAAGGUUGCAGUGUCUCAUAUUGUGUGUGUUCUGUUAAACUAUGUUAGUUUUUAAACAGCUUCCAAAUGAAUUAUAUGAUCUCAAAUUCUUAACAUCCUAACUAAGGUGCUGACUUUCUGCUGUGCUCCUUGCCUAUGCUAGGACCUUAAUCUAGAAGCAAAAUUUGCUUCUCUUAUUGAUAAUUUCAACAUGUUAUCUGUAAUAGCAAGGGAGAAGCAAUAUCUGUCACUUUGUCAGGCCCUUUCAUAGUGUUCUUGGAAUACAGACAGAAUCCUCUCCUUGCAUGAAGCUUGCUGAUAUUGGUCGAGAGCCUCUUAGAUGAACAUCUCCAACAACAGACAAACUUUUAGCAGAAUGUACAUAGGACUCGCAUGAAAAAUAGGAAAUGUCACACUGAAUAAUUCAGAUGUUGGAUUUUUUUCUUGUUUUGUUUUUGUUUUUUUACCAAACUCAAUA